AGCUGGGGUGAAUACAUGCUGAUAGCAUGACGGAAGAGGCAGAAAAAUUUUCAUCUCUCAAUUCACUGGCUAAAUACUAUCCCGUUAAGGAAGCUGACAAAACUGAUCACAGUGGCAGAGGUCAAAGGAAUGAAGGGAACCAAGGAACAAUGCAACUGAAAAAGGAAAUCUCUCUUCUUAAUGGGAUCAGCUUAAUAGUAGGAAACAUGAUUGGUUCAGGUAUCUUUGUUUCCCCCAAAGGAGUACUUAACCACAGUACAUCGUACGGAUUGUCACUAGUCAUAUGGGCAAUUGGGGGCAUUUUUUCAGUCAUUGGUGCUCUCUGCUAUGCUGAACUUGGAACCACUAUCACUAAGUCAGGAGCCAGUUAUGCAUAUAUCUUGGAGGCCUUUGGAAGCUUCAUUGCCUUUAUACGCCUGUGGACUUCACUACUGAUCAUUGAGCCAACCAGUCAGGCGAUUAUUGCAAUAACUUUUGCCAACUACAUAGUGCAACCGGUCUUCCCUUCUUGUCAACCUCCUUAUUUUGCUUGUCGACUUAUUGCAGCUGCCUGUAUAUGUCUUCUAACGUUUAUAAAUUGUGCCUAUGUUAAGUGGGGAACCAGGGUGCAGGAUGCAUUCACCUAUGCCAAAGUCACUGCCCUUAUUGUCAUCAUCAUAACAGGAGUUGUUAAACUAAGCCAGGGAUAUUCACAACACUUUCAGGAUUCUUUUGAGGGAUCAACUUGGAACCUUGGGGGCAUUUCUCUUGCACUUUACUCUGCCUUGUUCUCCUACUCAGGUUGGGACACCCUUAAUUUUGUAACUGAAGAAAUAAAAAAUCCAGAAAGGAACCUGCCACUGGCGAUUGCUGUUUCUAUGCCAAUUGUGACAAUUAUCUACAUUUUGACCAAUGUAGCUUACUACACAGUGCUGGAUAUUAAUGCUAUACUUUCUAGUGAUGCGGUGGCAGUGACAUUUGCUGAGCAAGUGUUUGGAGUAUUCAGCUGGAUCAUCCCAAUCGCUGUUGCCUUCUCUUGUUUUGGUGGACUCAAUGCUUCUAUUUUAGCAUCAUCUAGGCUGUUCUUUGUCGGCUCCAGGGAAGGUCACCUUCCUGACCUCUUGUCAAUGAUCCAUAUUGGGAGGUUUACACCAGUACCUGCACUUCUCUUCAAUUGUUCUAUGAGCCUGAUAUACUUGAUUGUAGAAGAUGUCUUCCAGCUUAUUAACUACUUCAGCUUCAGCUAUUGGUUUUUUGUGGGACUAUCAAUUGCUGGGCAGCUCUACCUCCGUUGGAAGGAACCAGAUCGGCACAGGCCACUCAAGCUGAGCCUGUUUUUUCCAAUAUUCUUCUGUAUAUGCUCAAUAUUUUUGGUGGUUGUGCCACUCUAUAGCGACACUAUUAAUUCUCUGAUUGGGAUUGGCAUUGCGCUCUCUGGGAUUCCAGUGUACUUCAUGGGAGUCUACCUGCCUGUUUCCAAAAGACCUCUGCUUGUCAGCAAAAUUUUAGGUGCUGUCACUCGAGCCACUCAGCUGCUUUGUUACUGCGUUCUGACAGAGAUGGAUGCGUCUGAAGAAACAUUAGAGACCAAAUCUCAAUAG